UCAAACAAACAAAAAAAGGUUUUACAAAAUUAAACAUUUCAUAGUUUUUGUAGGGUUUUUGCGUUCUAUAUUCCCCACUAAAUACUAUCUUCACUUCACUCUCCAGUCUCCACUGUAAUUCGCUGCCCUCAUUCUUUCUCUCUCCUCGUACCUUCCGCUCUUCCAUUUCUCUAAUCCUUUCAAUUACGCAUUUCAUAUUUUUGAGAUUUAUGCGUAAUUUUGGAGAAUCAUUUUAAGCAUGUAUAGUGUGAAGGGCAACUGGAGUGGCCAAAUAUUUGCCUUAGCUACAGGGAAUGAUUCCGGGGGUAAAAAGUCUCGAAUUCGGCUUUCGAAGAAGGAAAGGAAGACUAUGAUUGAGUCUUUCAUUAAAAGAUACCAGAGUAAUAAUAAUGGGAGUUUUCCGUCCCUGAAUCUAACACAUAAAGAGGUGGGAGGCUCAUUUUAUACUGUUCGAGAGAUUGUCAGGGAAAUAAUUCAAGAGAAUAGGGUUUUGGGUCCUGGACAAUUUUGUUCUGAACAGCAAAAGGAUGAUACAAUUACGCUUGAUUAUCCGUUGGGAACAAUUUCUUCCGCACCUCAAGGUAUUUUGUUUCAAACAGCAAACGGCCUGGAUUGUUUUUCGAGUCAAGAAAAAGAAACUGGGGUGCUGAAUUUGAACUACAAUGGGCAAGUUUCCAAACAUUUCGAUUCGGAUGUUGUUCCAUACUCCACUGAGCAUUGGACUAAUGAAAUAGGGGAAGAUGCUGUUGAGGUGGUAUGUCAAUCAACAAGUGAGAACAUUGUGAUUUCUGAUCAUCAAGAGCAGGAAAGUUUGGAGGUCCAUAGCAAUGGGCUUUGUUUAAAUGUGAAUAAAACGGACAGUGUUCGCUUUGUAAACCAUUUGCAGAAUAAUGGAACAUCUGAGGAGUCUGAUAAACAUUUAGCAGAAGGUUCACUGGAAUGUGAGACUUUUGAAACAGAUGGAGAAUCGGAACGAACGGGUACAAUAGAAGCGACAAUAAUGCUUCCGACAGAAAAGGUGCAGGUGGAGACUUUCCCGUUGAGACCUGCAACUAAGGAAGCUGAUGACUUGAGAAGAAUAUCAUGCGAAUCAGGGACCUUUGACGGCAGUUUAGAUGCUUUGGAAGCCGAAAAUGUCAAAUUAAUCAACAGCACUCCGUUCUUAGAUAAUAGCUCCUUUGUCAAUUCCUCAGAUCUGGUGACAAUUAAGGGAGAAGACAGUUUAGAAGUUUCAGUGGCAAGUGGAAGCCCUGAUGUAUUGAUUGAAAAUGCAGAGGUCAACUGUGUGGUGGUUCAACAUAGGGAGGUCAAUCUCGAAAAUGAAUCUGUGGAUAUGCCAGAGUCGUUCUCAAUCAAAGAUGAUACUGCAAUACUCCGUGAUCACAUGAACGAAAUAUCACAACAUGGUGACUCAACAAAAAAGACAACUGAACAGAGCAACCUUCAGUUGCAGUAUAACAAUGCGUCAAAAGGAACAGGCAAUUUUGAAAGUGGCAAUGGAGCAAGCGGCAUGAAUUUCAAGAAGGCAACAGUUAUAAUUGGAAAUGAUUUGAAGAGAGAUGGAAAACCAGCUGUUGGAAGCUCUCCUUGUUUAGAUAGAAUUGACCUUGAAUCGUGGAAAGCCUCAAAGCAAGAAACAAAUUCUCUACUAGUUAUGUUUAAAACAUUUGUAGAUGCCUUGGUCAGGUUCUGGUCUGAAUGAAUAGCUAGUCAUUAUGUAUAAUUCUGAUAAGGUUCCAAGUUUUGUAUUAAUAGUGUUUAUUACUUGGAUUAGAUGUCCAUCUUUUGAAGAAUGCUACCUGCUGCAGGGUUACAGGACGGGGCAAGGUUGGUUUUGUUGGUAGUAUUCCAUUGAGCUUGUGCUUAGAACAGCAUGUUGUGGUCGGAUGUUCUUUGAAGUAGCCUGAUUUGGCUACAGUGAAUAAAUUAAUUUUGAAAUGGA